CAACGACCCCAAGCACCCUUAUUUUCCAGGAUGGCGGUAUCACAGCCGCCUAUCCAGGCAAAUGGCCAUACCUUGUCACCAUCACCGUCAUCAUCAUCGGGACAAUUGAGCCCCGCAAUCGAACCCCCGCGAACCGAUGUUUUCAAUGCCAGCUCCGUGGCGGAGAUCAAAGCCGCGCUCUCCCGUCUGCACAGCCAAGAAGCGUCCGUGACAGCUCGGCUAGAUGCCCUGGUGAUGUCGCAGAAAGACCUGUCUCGGGAAUUGGGCCGACUGGAUUUGAUGCGCGCGCACAUCGGAACCCAAACAAAUACCACCCGAUCGAUCAGCCAUGGUAUGCUCUCCGAAGCUGCGAGCACGGCUGAGCGUAUCUCCAGCGCCGUGCGACGACUGGAUCUGGAGCAGGCGAGGGUCAAGGCUACACUGGAGGUCGUGGAGCAGGUUGCGGAGCUUAAGGCGUGUGCAUUGGGCGUGGCGGGGUCAAUGGGUGCUUCCCAGGACUGGGAGACGGCUGCUAGCUAUCUACAUCGGGCGGCACAGGUUCCCCCAGCUGUGGUCAAUGGGACAUUUGCUGCGGAGAUGGUUCCAACCGCGGAGGUGCCUGACCCGCCAAGUGUUACUCUGGAUAAUGCGGCGGAAUCGUUGUGUGGGCUCUUCCUUCGGGAAUUCGACAAGGCCGUAAAGGAGAACGACGGGGCAAAGAUUACCCGCUUCUUCAAACUGUUCCCGCUGAUCGGCCGGUCUGAGGUUGGCCUGGAUGUCUAUGGGCGCUAUGUCUGCCAGGGCGUUGCGGCGCGAGCACGCAGCAACCUCAAUGCGGAUUACGGGUCUCAGGCCAAGGAUGGCUUCUUCUAUGCCAAUGCCUUGACCAAGCUCUUUGAACAUAUGGCCCAAAUUAUUGAUGGACAUGGUGGACUGGUGGAGCGGCACUAUGGUCCACGGAAGAUGGGCCGGGUUAUUGAGCGGCUACAGGUUGAAGCGGACGUGCAGGGUGGCAUCAUCCUCGACACUUGGAGUGAUGAGCGGCAUGUGGAUCGCAAGCUGAUGGAUAUCAAAUCUUAUGCAUUCACCUUCUUGGUGCAGAGCUUCCUCCCGGCGCAGAGGGCAGGCCACCCUCCCGCCGCUGGUGUGACUGCACCGACUGAGGACGAGGGCGUGGAUAUGAAGGAGAUUGACGGGAUCCUGAAUGAGAUGGCUAUUAUGCUUGGCCGGUGGUCUCUAUACUGUCGAUUCUUGGCGGAUACCUGCAAUGCCCCAGGUGAUGACCAAGAUCAAAAAGAUGACGAAAGAUUUGCACUGCCUGCUUUCUUGCAGGAGUCUUCUCUGGCACGCAAGGUCAACGACAAGCUAGUCUCUCCAUUCAACGCCAUGACAACCUUCUUCUUCCGUCGCUCUGUCGAAAAGGCCUUCCAGCUCGACGAGUCACCAUCUGGCCUGACAUUGAACCUCCAACGCCCACUCAAGGCAGAUCCGCCCCAUAUCACCUCGGCCGUCGACGACAUCAUGUAUAUUGUCAACAAAGUACUACAACAGUCCCUCGCAACCUCCCAAGAAGCCGUUGUAACCAACGUGGUCCCAACACUCUCCCGCGUCCUGGGCUCCGACUUCAUCGGCAUGACCCAACGCAAGAUGCGUGACGAAUGCUACCCCCGCGCGCCCGUCCAAGGCGCCCAACCCCCGAACAAACCAUCGUCGCCUUCCUCGUCCAAAUCAACAACCUCGACCUCGGCGUCGAUUAUAUCCGACGAAUCGUCCAGAACAACUCCGGCUCUAAACAACCUCUCCCCUCCAUCCUCCGCUCUCCACGUCGCCCAAACCCUGCACUCCCUAGCAACAUCCUUCGAAGCCAAGGUCGCAGACCUCCUCUCGGACGGCAUCCAAGUCGUCUUCAACAACGUGAUCAAACACCGACUCCGCCCUCUCCUCGCCGACGCCUUCCGCGACAUCGAGUAUCAUCCGUCCGAUACCUCGGACCCAACACCCCACGAUGACUACGACCCCGCAGACGGUAGCAGCAAGGAACUUGUCCGCCCCCGCUUCGCCGCCGGCUGGACAGACCUCCUCCUCCCACUAGCCCGCAUCCUUACAGUCCCCGCCUUCGACCGCCUACUCACCGUGACGGUGGCGUACUUUGCGCGCCUCCUCGAGAAACGUCUCUGGUCGUACCAGGGCCGUAUCAACGCGCUGGGCGCGGCCCGGCUCGAGCGUGAUGUCGCGGGUAUUGUUAAUGCCGCCGCGGACGUGGGGUAUGGUGCUGGUGCGGGUGCCCCCGGACGGUAUCGUCAUCGUGAGGCGUUUGCGAGGUGUGUGCAGAUGACGCUUGUGAUGGGCAUGGAUGAGGAUGAGUGGGAUGAGGUUUUGCGGGGUGAGGAGGCUGCGGAAGUUGUGGAGAAGUUGAGUCGGGAGGAGAGAGUUAGAGUUAGGGGAAUGGUUAGGAGGGGUUGA